GAGAGAGAGGACAGCUGGAGCAAAGAACGUGGAUGACGAGUGAGCAUAGGCGUGAACGUGUAUUUUGAAAGAGUGAACUAGCUUUUUAGCACUUAAACAAAAGGAAAACUUGGAGAAAAAACACGGUAAAAAUUUGCGAGGCAUAGAGCGUGUAUUAGACAUUUGUGACAAUAGCAUGAUAACUUAUCCUCCUCCCCUGUAGGUCAGAACAUAGCUAUACGUCGGUCGGACAAACAAACACCGGUGACUGAAGGCGUGCAAAAUCAUUUCGCUUUAAAGUUCACGAAAAGGAACAUAAUCUGCUUCUAUUAUCAUUUGUGUAAACCUGUCAUUUCAAAUUAAUAGGCACCAUAUGUUAUCCCGAAGAAGCCGUUCCAUCAUUCGUUGACUUGAAGUCCCAUAUCUGAACACCAAUGGCCUCUGAUAUAAUUGAGAUUUCUCUCCAUAUCAACGCGAAUCACAAACAAACCUGUAGUGACCUCGAGAAGGCCAGUCUAUUCAUCACAGAAGCAUUGCAGAAUGAGAUCCAGCGGAACACAACUCUGUGCAUGUUAAUCCACCGUAUGGAAGAGAGGGCGGCUGAGAAUGACAGAAUCCUAUCAGAGCAGGUGGAGUCAAGCUGGCAGCUGAAGCUCCAGGUGGAUGAACUACAGAAACAACUGGGGGAUAAAGACAACUCGCUAACACAAGCAACCCAGAGUGUUGCUGUCCUGAAGACUGAACUGAGGGACCUGAAACACCGUCUGAAAGAGAGGGCAGCGGAGAAUGGAAGGAGCCUAUCAGAGCAGGUGGAGUCAAGCUGGCAGCUGAAGCUCCAGGUGGAUGAACUACAGAAACAACUGGGGGAUAAAGACAACUCGCUAACACAAGCAAACCAGAGUGUUGCUGUCCUGAAGACUGAACUGAGGGACCUGAAACACCGUCUGAAAGAGAGGGCAGCGGAGAAUGGAAGGAGCCUAUCAGAACAGGUGGAGUCAAACUGGCAGCUGAAGUUCCAGCUGCUUGAACUACGGACACAACUGGAGGACAAAGACAACUCAUUAAAACAAGCAAACCAGAGUAUUGCUGUCCUGAAGAAUGAACUGGCGGACCUGAAACAGCAGCUGCAGACCCUCCAGAGUAAUCACAGGACAAUCCAGGAAGUGACUGAGCGGCAACAGGAUGAGAGCCUGACCAAUGUUGUGAAAGAGGAUGGUGUCCAGCAGAAUGAUCUUGUUGCAGUCAAAGAGGAAGAUGCUGAUGAUGGAUAUCCUCUUAGUCAAUCAGAUGAGCAUGGCGAUCCUGAGAUGAACGAGGAUGAGGAGCUGGAUGAGGAAGAGGCGCUGGAGGAGGUGGAACAGGCUCCGCCCAGCAUUCCUAUCCCCGCCCCUGCCUCCCCACCAGUCAAGAGGAAACGCGGGCGCCCCCCCAAGAACACCCCCAAGUCCACGCCCACCAAGGCACCCGCAGAUGAGCAUGGCGAUCCUGAGAUGAACGAGGAUGAGGAGCUGGAUGAGGAAGAGGCGCUGGAGGAGGUGGAACAGGCUCCGCCCAGCAUUCCUAUCCCCGCCCCUGCCUCCCCACCAGUCAAGAGGAAACGCGGGCGCCCCCCCAAGAACACCCCCAAGUCCACGCCCACCAAGGCACCCGCAGAUGAGCAUGGCGAUCCUGAGAUGAACGAGGAUGAGGAGCUGGAUGAGGAAGAGGCGCUGGAGGAGGUGGAACAGGCUCCGCCCAGCAUUCCUAUCCCCGCCCCUGCCUCCCCACCAGUCAAGAGGAAACGCGGGCGCCCCCCCAAGAACACCCCCAAGUCCACGCCCACCAAGGCACCCGCAGUGUCAGAUGAGCAUGGCGAUCCUGAGAUGGACGAGGAUGAGGAGCUGGAUGAGGAAGAGGCUCUGGAGGAAAUGGAGCCCAGCGUUCCUAUCCCCACCCCUGCCUCCCCACCCGUCAAGAGGAAACGCGGGCGCCCCCCCAAGAACACCCCCAAGUCCACGCCCACCAAGGCACCCGCAGAUGAGCAUGGCGAUCCUGAGAUGGACGAGGAUGAGGAGCUGGAUGAGGAAGAGGCUCUGGAGGAAAUGGAGCCCAGCAUUCCUAUCCCCGCCCCUGCCUCCCCACCCGUCAAGAGGAAACGUGGGCGCCCCCCCAAGAACACCCCCAAGUCCACGCUCACCAAGGCACCCGCAGAUGAAACGGACACCUCCAGAGAACAGACAAGCCCCUCAUCUGCAGACAUUAGAACGGAAGUGGUGGAGGAAGAAGAUGAAAAGUUAGACAUGACUCCAGUCGUCAGCUCUGAUCCACAUCCAGUCAAGUUUUUGAGAUCAUCAGUGCAAUUAGUUGACUGUUGUGCAACACAAAGUCAUCAAAGAACAACCAGCAAGAACAAUGGAUGGAGAAAAGAUGGAGAAAACUCCAGGAAUGGGAUAGCAGGAAAGGCAUCAGAAUUGCCAUUGUCUCCAGUCCCCAACUUCACAGCCGUCCCAGAGACAGAGGUGGAUAAUGGGAGGCCAUUUAAGUCUCCUGUCUGUGGAGAGGUUUUCUCCAGCAAGUCAGCAAUGGAAAAGCACCAGCAGGACAUUCACACAGGAGAGGAGCCUCAUCUCGAACAAGACCAGCACACACACACAGGAAAAACGCCCUGCCACCACAAACAUCAUGGCAAAUAUGUUACGAGGACAAAUGCUCUCUCCGCACAGAAUCACACUGACACAGGAGACAAGCGUCACCACUGUGACCAAUGUGACAAGAGUUUCUCACAUGCACAAACCCUCAGGAGACACAAGUUCAUCCACACAGGAGAGAAUCCUCACAAAUGUACUGAAUGCAGCAAAUGUUUUAGACAGUUUGAAGGUCUGAUAUUGCACAGGUGCAUUUACACAGGCAAAAAGCUCCACCGCUGUGGAGAAUGUGGCAAGAAUUUCACACAAGCAAACAACCUCGCCAGGCACAAGCUCAUCCACACAGGAGAGAAGCCCUACAAAUGUACUGAAUGCAGCAAAUGUUUUAGAGAUUCUGGAACUCUCAAAAAGCACCAGCGCAUCCACACAGGAGAGAAACCGUACUGCUGUGACCAAUGUAGCAAGACUUUCACACAUGCGAGCACCCUCAAGAUGCACAAGCUUAUUCACACAGGAGAGAAGCCGUACUGCUGUGACCAAUGUGAGAAGCGUUUCUCACGUGUGAGCUUCCUCAGGAUGCACACGCUCGUCCACACAGGAGAGAGGCCCUUUCAAUGUACAGAAUGCAGUAGAUCUUUCAGCCGAGCGGGACGUCUCAAAGAGCACCAGCAGCGCAUUCACACAAGGAGGCAUCUUCCCGAUGCCAAUGAAUGUGGGUGAUCAUCUUCUCAUUUGGGGUAGCUAAGAAGACACCGUUGCACUCACACACAACACAAGCCCACCCAACCGCAACUGUAAACAGUUUGUCAAACGUUCAAAUGUACAACAUCUUGUCACACACCCAUCCACAUUCACACCUGCAUGUUAACACAUGGGUAGAACUAGGCCAUCUUGCAUGCAACACAUACCCAUAUUCACACAUGCGUGUUAACACUUCGGAAGUAGACCAACUCGACAGGCAACAUUUUUUUCAGGUUCAUCUAGUUUAGCAGGCAAUUUUGCUUUUUUCAGUUCUGUUAUAAAUAACUAAACUCAUGUGUGUACAGUUAUUUCCUUGUAAAAACUUGCAAAAGUUUGUUGAGCGACAUCCAAAACUUUUGUACCCAAAAUCAUACAGUUCUAUUUCUGCUUCAAAAAUGAAAUGAAAUGAAAUGUAUGUAUACUGCUGACUGAUCAUUUUCUUAUUCAUUCUCAAUUCUUUGUUUCAUUAUUUUGCCAGUUUUUCUGGAUUUAGAGAAUGGAAAUAUUUUGGUUACCCUAAAUCACCUGUAACAGGAAAGGUUUAUUAAAUAUGAAAGGUUUAUUAAAUGUCAAAGUGAAGAAGAAA